CUUUGAUUUCCUUGGGGGUUUAUUUCUGCUCUUGCUGGGAGAGGGAAAGACCAAAAGGUACCAAUUGGCAGAAAGGCUGCGCAACCAGUCCCCUCAUCCAGUUGCGCACAGGCACAGGAGCGCAUUCAGGUCGGCUCCCAGUGCCAACAGUCUCGCCUUUGUGGGACCAGGAGGACUGCAUUGAGAGCAGUACCCCGGUUCCAGCAAGGAGGUGGGGUGGCACCCAUUCGGGUGAGGACGCCCAGGCUCAGAGAGCAAGCUGUGAUUUUUCAGAUCGGACCCAGGAGGCAAAGAGGGGACACAGUUGAGUCCUCACUGUCCCUCCCGCGCAGCAGAAACUCUGCCCAGGACUGGGAACCCCCAGUGAGGUUUGCCCUGCAGAGGACCUGGGAGAAGGCAGGAGGGAGCCGCCGCGAGUCAGCGCCAGCGCGUCAGGGAGGUGGCUGUUAGUGUAGAAAGCUCGGCACUUUCUCCACUACUGAAGGUGUGCAGCACAGAGCUCUGGGAGCUCGGCUGGAAGAAGAGGCUCAGAGCAACAGGUGCGACCCCAAGGCACUGGGGAGCCAGAGGAUACGGACGGCAAGGGAUUAGAACCUAUUGGUAAGGCUCAGAAGAUUCUCCACCUGCAGAUCGUGAGUCCCACCCGCCCAGCUUGUAGACUGCCUGCGAUCCGAGUCGCCCAGACCGGUACCUCUUGUGUUCUGGAGCCCAUCGCCCCCGCAUGGGAAGGCUCGACUCCGGACUUGCAGCACCGCCCCCUCUUUAGCCAGGCCCGUUCGACCAGGCACUACGGGACGCUGCCCCGUGCUCUCCUGCCGGCUGAGGGAGGUUCCGGCUGGAGACACCCGCUCUCCUUGCCCUGUGCUGGGCCAGCUGGCGAUCAUUGGCUGCCACCAGAGCCCGCUUUCCCCGCCUGGCACACCUUCCCAGCGCGCUCCGUUGCACAGACACCGAGGGGUGUCCCGUAAGUGAUGGAACUGGCUACCUUGAACCUCAGCGCGGGGAACGGGAGCGAUCCAGAGCCUCCUGCUGAGGAGUCCAGGCCGCUGUUCGGCAUCGGUGUGGAGAACUUCAUCACGUUGGUGGUGUUUGGCCUGAUUUUCGCGAUGGGCGUGCUGGGCAACAGCCUGGUGAUCACUGUGCUGGCGCGCAGCAAACCUGGCAAGCCUCGCAGCACCACCAACCUGUUCAUUCUCAACCUGAGCAUCGCAGACCUGGCCUACCUGCUCUUUUGCAUCCCCUUCCAGGCCACCGUGUACGCACUGCCCACCUGGGUGCUGGGCGCCUUCAUCUGCAAGUUUAUACACUACUUCUUCACCGUCUCCAUGCUCGUGAGCAUCUUCACCUUGGCCGCAAUGUCUGUGGACCGCUACGUGGCCAUUGUGCACUCCCGGCGCUCCUCCUCUCUCAGGGUGUCCCGCAAUGCGCUGCUGGGCGUGGGCUUCAUCUGGGCGCUGUCCAUUGCCAUGGCCUCGCCAGUGGCCUACCACCAGCGCCUCUACCAUCGGGACAGCAACCAAACCUUCUGCUGGGAGCUUUGGCCCAACCAACUCCACAAGAAGGCUUAUGUGGUGUGCACUUUCGUCUUUGGCUACCUUCUGCCUUUACUGCUGAUCUGCUUUUGCUAUGCCAAGGUCCUUAAUCAUCUGCAUAAAAAGUUGAAGAACAUGUCGAAAAAGUCAGAAGCAUCCAAGAAAAAGACUGCGCAGACUGUCCUGGUGGUGGUUGUGGUUUUUGGCAUAUCCUGGCUGCCCCAUCACGUCGUCCACCUCUGGGCUGAGUUCGGGGCGUUCCCGCUGACCCAAGCUUCCUUCUUCUUAAGGAUUACUGCCCACUGCCUGGCAUACAGCAACUCUUCGGUGAACCCCAUCAUAUAUGCCUUCCUCUCAGAAAACUUCCGGAAGGCGUACAAGCAAGUGUUCAAGUGCCACAUUUGCAACGAAUCAGUCCCCAGCGACACUAAAGAAAACAAGAGCCGAAUAGACACCCCGCCAUCCACCAACUGCACCCACGUGUGAAGGCGCACUGGGACCGCCUGGCCCCCAGCUCCCAUGUGGGUAGAGAGAAGAGGAUGCAGUGGACAAUCACAAAACAUGGCAGCUCGUUCUCCUGACCACAAUCCAUAUCAUUCUAAAUACAUUCCACAGCUGUUAAGGUACUUUGAUUGUUGAGGAACUCGUGGGUCCACUGAAGUCCAAUUAGCUUCAUUAUAAAAUUGUAUUUCUGAAACAAAAGAAAAUUCUGUACAGCUGCUGUCUCUCAAGGAGUGAGAAUUCAGUAGCAUUCUACAAAUAAGUUCAGAUCCCAAGGGACAAGGCCUGUUCUGUAAAGCAGUAAAGAAUAUUUGAAAUCUACAUUUUUUUUUGAGACAGAGUUUUGCUGUGGGAUUGUCCUGGCUGUCCUGAAACUCACUGUGUAGACCAGGCUGGCCUCGGACUCACUGAGGUCCACUUGUCUCUGUCUCCCGAGUUCUGGGAUUAAAGGCAUGCCAUAGAACUCUACAUUUUAAAGUCAGUUAACUUAGGGAAAAAGUUCUUUUUUUCCCUUCAGCUUUGAGAGGAAAGGUAAUAAUCUAGCCUGUGUGUUUUAAAAUACAACCAUGGCACAGAAUAGUGGAUUUUAUUCCAUUAAACCUUCAUGGACAGGCACCUCUUCUGAGUAGGGUGGAGGAGGUGGCUUUUCAUUCUGUCUCUAUGGGUGUUCAGAGGUCUGUCUUGGAACGUGAGGCCCAUCAUGUUCAUCUCAGGAGAUCAGCAGUGAUUAUACUUUGAAACAAGCCUGUGAACUGGAAUAUUUAGAGCAAACUAAGCAACGCCCAGGGAUCUGCCAAGGACCAACGAUCUUCAGAGGCACCAGGGGGAGGUUCCUGGGGAAGAAGACUGUAUGUUUGAGCUUUAAGCAUGUUCUUGGCGAUAUCUAUUAGCUAUGCCUCCCAAGAACCUAUGAAGCCAGUCAUCCAGUAACUUCGGCGGGACUGAAAACUGGACAAAAUUUCAUUAGACCCUGGGUAAUAUCCAUGUCACUUGGAGAAAGCAAGAGAGACAUUUGACUCAGACAGGCUGAAGACAACGAAACACAUGGAAGAAUAUGCAUGCCUAGAGAAAUGCUGCCUUGUAUGUAGAUACAUUUUUUUUUAUUAAACUAGUCCUAACAAAAGUUUAAUGCUCAUUUUCCCCAAAUAUUAUUCCCCGGGGUAAUGCUACUUCAGAGUUAGAAUCCUUACCACUUGACUUACUAAUGUAAUUUUCAUGACAAGUCCAUAUUUCUUUAUACUUGCCAUAGAAAAUAUGGUGAAAAGACUAAAUUGUCCUAUCUCAGAAGAAUAAUGAUUCGACUUAAGACUUUGAUAUAUUUUAGGAGGUAGGAAACAAAAGCAAGACAUGUUUUUUUUUUUUUUUUUUAAUCAAAAGGGAUGUUGUGUCAGUGCCAAAUCGGGACCUGCUAUGAAACAUGUAAUUUAUGUAAAAAAACAAAUGUAAUGUGAGCUUUUGGCCUGUGAACUUUUCUAGCUCACCUGUGACCAUCUCCCUGCGUGCAGUGUUUACAUUUGCAAAGGUCCACGGAAAAAGGAGAACCGUUCAAGUCACGGGGCUAUGAGUUUCCAGCGGUCACCCGGG